CCCGCCCCGGGGAAGGGAGGCAGCGCCGGGCAUGCAGCACGGCCGGCAGGAGGAGGAGGAAGAAGAUGAGGAAGAGGAGGAGGAUGGCGGCGGCGCGGAGAGCGCGCUGGAGAAGAGCCCCUUCCAGCUGACGGCCGAGGAUGUGUACGACAUCUCCUCCGUGGUGGGCCGGGACCUGCUGCAGCUCAGCGCCGGCCCCCGGGCGUCAGCCGUCGCGGCCCGGCUGCAGUUCAACAUCGUGAGGGUGCUGGAGAUGCUGGAAGCGCUGGUGAGCGGCGGCAGCCUGGCCGAGGAGCAGCUGCGGCUGGAGCGGGACCGCCUGAGGAAGGAGGUGGAGGCGCUGAGGGGAGAGGGGGCCCCGGGCAGCGCCCGGCAGCUCAACCUUGGACCAGACAAAAUGGUAAUAGACCUCACAGAUCCAAACCGCCCACGGUUCACGUUACAAGAGCUGCGAGAAGUGCUGCAGGAGCGUAACCAGCUGAAAGCUCAACUUCUAGUGGUGCAAGAGGAGCUACAGUGCUAUAAAAGGAUGGAAAGAGGAACACUCACCUGCCUUGCAGGGAAAGCUGGGAAUCUCCCUUCUGUUCCCAGUUGCGUGGCCUGAGUCUCCAUGGCUGCGCUGAAGGUACCAUGGAUCCACCCAAGCCAAACGUCACUAUUUGUGUCUGCAUCCUGUUUGUGUCUUUGGACUCUUAUCCAAAUCCAUUGUGUGACUACACUUCCCUUUCACUCGUGUUAUGGUUUGCCAUUUUUCCUUCAUUGAAAUGUCAGCUCAUUACUUUUUUUAGCGUUCUCAUCACAGCAUAGCCUAAGCAAAAUUACAAUGCAGCAGUUAUUCAAGGAAAACAUGAAUAAUUCAUUAAAAGGAGUGGGCCAGGCUGCUGUGCCUGUCUUGGGAACACCCCUUCACCCAUGUCCCAGGCUGCCCACUGAAGGACUAAAUGCGGACAGCAGCGCUAUACGAAAUGCUAUGCACAAAACCACAAAAAAA